CUCCAAUAGAGCCUAAGAAUUAAGGAGCAUUUAAUCAAACAUGGAGAAGGCAUCAACCGCAUCAACCUCAUCAUCGCGUUCUUUAGAGAUUACCAUUAUCUCUGCGGAGGAUUUACGUCUCAACGGACGAGCGGUGAAGAAGAAUGCAUUCGUGACCGUAAGAACUGACUCACACAACCAAGAAGUAGUGACAAGGAUGGACAGCGAAGGAGGGAGCUACCCAUCAUGGAAUCAAAAGCUAGAGCCACUGCCUUUGCCUAACUCGGCUUACUUCAUUACUGUAGAGGUUCAAUGCAAGACCUCUACAGGGGUGAGGACUGUGGGAACGGCUAGGAUUUCGGUAUCGGAGUUUAUAGGGGAUUAUAUGCCGCCUCAAUUCUUGCAUUUUCUCAGUUACCGGUUGAGGGAUCGGAAAGGUAAACGUAACGGUAUUAUUAACUUCUCUAUGAAGACGGUCGGACCGGGACGAGAAUGUUUUGGUCUGGUGCCAUCGUUAGGUGUAUUGGCUUCAGGAGCAGCUCAUGAGAAUCACAAGAAUCUUGCUAGUGGAAGCGGAAGUGGAACAGCCAUUGGUGUUCCAGUGCCCUACGCUCAUGGGUAUGGGCUUGGAUAUGGGAUGUGAUAUUGUUAAAGUCACGUAUCAGUUGGACUACCGGGAAAAAACAAAAACCCAAACAUAAGUGGCAAGUGAUAUCCAUGUAUGGUCGACCAUUCUUUUUCAAGUGAAUUGAUAUUUGUUAUUCUUUCAUUACCUUG